AUGAAUGAUACGAAGCUAUUGUCCAACUGGGCUAAGCUCGAAGAACAAUACAAGGACGUCAUGGUCUUUCAGAAAGUAAAAGUGUCUUACUCCGCGAUGCCGAGCCAGAAGGCAUCCGAUAGGCAAGGUUCGACAUCAACAUCAUCUGCUAGAGAGCAGGGUCUAAAUCCAACCACGUUACUUGUCAUGACCCUGGUCGCGUUGCUUUUGAACUGGUUAUACUACUAA